AUGCUGGGGCGAUUGGUGAAGUCGAUGUACGGCACUCAGGAUGCUUCGCAUCUCUGGCAGUUGGACUACGUGGACUUGUGCUGCUCGAGUGAAGGUGGUUUCAAGAGGGGCAAGCACAACGCAGCCUUGUUCUUCAACCCGGCGGGUGACAUCCGCAUGGCAGUCCAUGGGGGCGAUUUCGUAGUGUUGUCGGACGUGGAUGGACUGGAGCACGUGGACAAGCUGUUGUCUUCGAAGUACCCGAGCAAGAUGAUGGGCACCCUGGGCUUCGAUGAGGGCGACAACGAGAGCUUGCAGUUGUUCAACAGGAUCGUGAGGAGAGGCAAGGACACCAGGGGCGAGUACAUCGAGAUCGAGCCCGACCCGAGGCACGCGAAGAUGAUCUUGGCAGAGACUGGUUGCACGGAGGCCACCAAGUCGGUCAGCACGCCGAGGGAGAAGCUCAUGGGCACGACGAUUCUCGAGGGGAUCAAGGGCAAGAAGCUGAUCGCGAGUGAGACUACUCGUUACCGGUCGGACAGGCUGGACUUGGUGGAGAGUGCGAAGACUUCGGCGCAGCGGAUGGCUGGGCCGACCGAGUUCGACUGGCAGCCGCUAAAGAGGGUUGCUCGUUACCUGGCAGGCAGACCGAGAGCCUCGAUCCGGUACCGCAUGCAGGCGCCGGUGAACAAGAUCAAGGUGUACGUGGACAGUGACUUUGCAGGAGAUCCCAUCACCAGGAAGUCAACGACAGGACUGGUGGCCAUGGUGGGAUCGCACCUGAUCAAGGGCAGCAGUACACUGCAGAGCCUCACCUCCCUGAGCGUCGGCGAGGCGGAGUUCUACGCAGUGGUCAAGGGAGGUGCGGUCGCGUUGAUGCUGAAGGCCAUCUACGAGGACUUCGGCGACCACAUGGAGGCUCUAGUGCUGAGUGACAGCACCACCGCAGGGAGCCUGGCAGAUCGUCUGGGAGUUGGGCAGAGGACCAGGCACAUCCAGACGAGGUUCCUUUGGGUGCCAGAGCGGGCUCAAGACCGGGACCUGAAGGUGCAGAAGGUUCACACUUCGAAGAACCUGGCGGACUUGGCGACCAAGCCG